ACGUAGCAGUUAAAAAAUUAUAUUUAUCACCUAAUAAUGUUUCUAAAUCUGACAUUGAAACUAUUAUAAAAGAGGUAGAAACACUCAAAAAACUGCAGAAUAGACAUAUUAUUCAAUAUUAUGGAGUUUAUUCCGGUGACCAAGAAAUUCUUAUUAUCAUGGACUAUGCCGAAAAUGGUACUUUAACUAAGUUUAUUAAUGAUAAUAAAGAUAAAGAACACGAUUGA